AUGGCCGUCCGAAGAGCCAUAUUAGCUACAUGCGCAGCAUCAAUAGCGCUCGUGGGAUUCGCGUCAGCACAUGGAGGAGCGCAUCAAAAACCAUUGGAAGUUGACCCUGAAGCCGACUGGGCGACGAGGCACAUGGCUGAGGAGCAUCACAUCAGCAACUUCGACCCAGGCGCAUUCUUCUCGCUCCACGACUAUGACGACAACGGCUUCUGGGAUGUUCGCGAGAUCCUCAAGACAUAUGGCAUGGAAGACGAGACUGCGAAAGACGUUCCAGAGGAGAAGAAGACCGAGAUUGCCAAUGAAGUGUUAAGAUUGAUUGAUACCAACGGGAAUAAUGUCGUCGAGCGGGACGAGUGGAUGUACUUUACGAGUAAUGACGGCGGGAAAGAGAAGGGCACUUUGCCGGAUUUCGGUACAGGCCCUGGACACCAUUGGGAUAUUGAGAUGGAAUAUGAAAUUCAUCAUUGGGAGAAAUACCAUGAUGAGAAUACCAAGGAGGAAGACUUAAUUCAUCCGGAAGAUAUCGCACAUUUUAAGAAGCACGACGAGUUAGAAGAUGAAGCGGAAAGACAGGCGGAACUGGAUAAGAUGCCAAUUGUGGAGCAUAAUAUACCGCCGAAGUUCCUGAGAGCAACAUGA